UAUAGUCAGUAUGUCUAUAUAACCUAGAAUUCUUGCAGAAAAAUUUGGUCAGUCCAACUACACAUAGUUAUGUAAACAAAAAAAAUGUCUAAAUAAAACAAGAUCUGCUUGGUGCCAAUGAAUGAUUGACUCCUUCCCAUUUGGAUUUCCGUGGUGGAAAUAAUCGGAGCCUACACGUUUGCCCCAAAGCCGAUAAUUCUUUUCGUCGAAACGUUCAUUUCACGAUCUCUGCAAACUGCAGUAAAUUUGACAUAUUGAAUUGGAUUUGGUUGCAAUAUGGAGUGAAUGAUCAUCAAGAGGUAGCCACUCCAGAGUAUAGCGCGAAAUCUUCACUAACGGAACCAAACAUUCAUUAGAAGGCAGUGAAACAGAUCCCAGAGAUAUUGAAAAUGACGGAAAUAGGUUUUUCUCGUGCUGGAGCUUUUGCAACUUUCAAUAAUCUCUUCUCAUCAACAACUCCAGCGGUAAAAAAGCUAUUAGGCUGGAAACAAGGGGAUGAAGAAGAGAAGUGGGCCGAGAAAGCGAUAGAAUCAUUGGUGAAAAAGUUGAAGAAGACGAAAGGAGCGUUUGAGGAAUUGGAGAGGGCCCUGAGCAAUCCUGGUGUUCCAAGUAAGUGUGUCACCAUAGCUAGAAGUUUAGAUGGAAGACUUCAAGUGUCUCAUCGCAAGGGAUUGCCUCACGUAAUCUACUGUCGUGUGUGGAGAUGGCCUGAUUUAUUGUCACCACAUGAAUUGAAACCCCUCGAGAUAUGCCAGUUUCCCUUUGGAGCUAAACAGAAAGAUGUCUGUGUUAAUCCUUACCACUAUAAGAGAGUUGAGAGUCCAGUAUUACCACCAGUUUUGGUGCCGAGACAAUCUGAAUAUCCUCCAGGGCACUCUAUGCUGCCUUUUCAUCAAGAUCCAGAGCCUACAAUGCCUCAAAAUGUCGCUUACUCUUCCAAUGGAUUUAAUUCCGGAGGAACAACCAUUUCAAGUCUUGCGAACUACAAUCCAACGUCACCAGUAUCUUCGGAUGGAAUUCCAAGCCCUCCUUAUCCUUAUGUUCCUUUAAAUACUAACGAAACACCUCCACCAGCUUAUGCAUCGUCUGAAGAAGGAUCUCAAAGUGGAAAGUCUUCUUCUCCGGAUUUUAACUCGAUGGACAUUCAGGAUGGCUAUUUGGAUCCAGUGUCUUAUGAGGAGACUAAAGUUUGGGCAAGAAUUGCAUAUUAUGAGUUGAAUUCGAGAGUGGGAGAAAUGUUCCAUUGCGAAUCCAAGUCUAUUAUCAUUGAUGGAUUCACCCAUCCAGAAAAGAAUUCUUCGAGAUUUUGCCUUGGACAACUUUCUAACGUUAAUCGUAAUUCUACCAUUGAGAACACUAGGAAACAUAUUGGAAAGGGAGUCUAUCUGUAUUAUGUUGGGGGAGAGGUUUAUGCCGAGUGUUUGUCGGAUUCAUCGAUCUUUGUGCAAUCCAGUAACUGCAAUUAUCGUCAUGGAUUUAAUCCCAGCACUGUUUGUAAGAUUGUUCCUGGGUGCUCGCUGAGAAUUUUUAAUAAUGCAGAGUUCUCCGAUUUACUAUCCAAGAGGGUUUAUGAGGGAUAUGAAGCUGUUUAUGCGUUGACAAAGAUGUGCACUAUUAGAAUGUCAUUUGUAAAAGGUUGGGGAGCAGAUUACCAUCGGCAGGACGUCACCUCAACCCCUUGUUGGAUAGAAAUCCACUUGAACGGACCACUACAGUGGUUGGACAAAGUCCUGACACAAAUGGGACCGCCACCGAAUCGCAUCAGCUCAGUGUCAUAAUUCUAACAAUAUUUUCACAAUUUAUCACUGAUGAUUCAUGUAAAUACUCCACUAUGCAAGUUGUAAAUAUUGUGAAAUAUAUGAUUUUUCAUCUCAA